AUGCCUGCUGCUACCGCUAACGCUACUUCUCCCUCCAUACCAUCACCUGCUUCACUAAAAGCUGCCGCCGCACCUGUCGAAGGCCAGGUCGAUGUCUCAGCACUUUUCGUCGCCGACAAGCCCUCUCGCGAGGCCGCAGUGGCCCAUCUGGCUGCAGUAGCCUCAAAGGAAGGUCCUUCUGCUCUUCAGUCUGCUGGAUUCCAGGAUGCUGUUCUCAAGGCCCUUGCCGACAAAAAGUCUCCCGCUUCCCGUGAAAGUGCUGCUGAGGCUGUCCUUGCGCUCUCCAAAAAUGGAGCUGUCAAGGCUCUUGAGCCAACCUUCGUCAAUUCUGGUAUCUACGCCGCUCUUCUCGAGACGUUCGCCGACAAAAUGCCUGCUGUCCGGACAGCUGCAGUCGAAGCCGUCAGGGAGUUUGUUGCUGCUAUGAACCCUUGGGCUACCGCCCUUAUACUUCCCGCCCUUCUUCAUGAAAUCAAAACCGCUGGUAAAUGGCAACUUAAGACUGGUUCUCUUGUCAUUUUGAACCAGCUCGUUGCAAGUGCCCCAAUCCAGACUUCACGUCUUAUGCCGGAAAUCAUUCCCGUUCUCUCAGAAGCCAUCUGGGACACCAAGGCGGACGUGAAGAAGGCCGCUCGUGAUUCGCUCACAAAGGCCACUGCUCUAGUGUCGAACAAGGAUAUUGAACGCUUUAUUCCUGCUCUUAUCAAAGCUCUUAUUAAUCCCGUCGAGGAAGUUCCUAAUACUAUUAUGCUUCUCUCGGCUACCACAUUCGUUUCUGAAGUAGAUUCCCCCACGCUUUCUCUCAUGGUUCCUCUUCUCUCCCGUGGUCUCAACGAGAAGUUGACUUCUACCAAACGAAAGGUCGCGGUUAUCAUCGAUAACAUGUCCAAGCUCGUCGACUCCCCAGUCACUGUUCGUCCUUUCAUUCCCAAGCUUCUCCCAGGUUUGAUCAAGGUCGAGACCACCAUCGGUGACCCUGAGGCCCGUGGCGUCGUUGGAAAGGCCAUCGCUACCCUCCGUCAAGUCGGAGAGGUUCCCGCUUCCAGCGACGGCUCUGAUCUGCCCGCCCACAAACAGGCCGAAGAGGGUCAACUUGCCCACUCUCUCACUGCGAUCUACAAGAAGUUAGGUGGCGAAGCAUCGCCUGGGAACGCUGCUCUCAUGUACGCUUCUUCUCUCGCUGCAAAUCUUGUCAACCUCAAGAACUUCGAUGUUCCCGAGUGGGACACCCUUGCUCCCUACCUCGCAUUCGUUACAUCUACCCCUGAGCCCAUUUCUGUUGCUCGUGAGUGGGUCGUCCGAUCGGCUACCGAGGACACUGGUGACGAAGAGGUUCCCGAGGACGAAGAGGAGGGUGAAGACCUCUGUAACUGUCAAUUCUCUUUGGCUUAUGGUGCUAAAAUUCUGCUCAACACCGCAACACUCCGUCUUAAGCGUGGCCAUCGUUACGGCUUGUGCGGUAAGAACGGUACCGGAAAGUCUACCCUAAUGCGUGCUAUUACGAACGGACAAGUUGAAGGUUUCCCAUCUCCGGAUGAGGUCAGGACCUUCUACGUCGAGCACGACAUUGACGGUAGUGAAGAAGACACCAGCGUCCUCACAUUCAUUCUCUCCGACAAGCGUAUCCUGGCCAAUGAAGCUGAAGUCAUUGAGACUUUAGCCUCUGUCGGUUUCACUGACGAGCGUCAGAAACAGGCGAUUGGCUCUCUCUCCGGUGGUUGGAAGAUGAAGCUCGCCCUUGCCCGGGCCAUGCUUUUCAAGGCUGACAUCCUCUUGCUUGAUGAGCCUACUAACCAUCUUGAUGUUGUCAACGUCGCCUGGUUGGAGAGUUAUCUGACCAACCUCACCACUUGCACCUCCAUUAUUGUCUCCCAUGACUCCAGCUUUUUGAACAACACCAUUACCGACGUUCUCCACUUGAACCGCUUCAAGCUCAGGAGAUACCGCGGUAACCUCGAGAAGUUUGUCCAGGCUGUACCGGAGGCCAAGUCGUACUACACUCUUGAGGCUGCGGAGGACUACAAAUUCAAGCUCCCUGACCCUCCUCUUCUUGAGGGUGUCAAGACCAAGGAGAAGAGUUUGCUGAAGAUGCGUAAGGUUGGCUUCCAGUAUCCUACACAGCCCGUCCAGCAGCUGUACGACAUCACCCUUCAAGUUUCGCUGUCCUCUCGUGUCGCUGUACUCGGACCCAACGGUUCCGGAAAGUCCACCCUUGUUAAGCUUCUCAUCGGUGACAUGGAGCCCAAUAAGGGAGGUGAAAUCUGGAAACACCCCAAUUUGGUCAUUGGCUAUGUCGCCCAACACGCUUUCCACCACAUCGAUAACCACCUCGACAAGACCCCACUCGAGUACAUGCUAUGGCGUUAUCAGACUGGUGAAGAUUUGGAGGAGAUGACAAAAGCCAACCGACAAAUAUCCGAAGAGGAGGCGCAGAAAAUGAAGGAGGGAGGUGUUAUUGUCAUCGAGGGCCAGAAGAGGCUUAUUGAUGAGAUCGUGGCAAGGAAGAAGUUGAAGCAGUCGUAUGAGUAUGAGGUCUCUUUCAAGGCCUUGUCGUCGUCCGAGAAUAUCUGGCUGCCUCGUGAUGAACUCAUCAAGCGUGGUUUCGAGAAGAAAGUCAUCGAAGUUGACACCCGUGAAGCUCAACGUCUUGGUCUCCUCCGUCCUCUUGUUCGUCGGGAGAUUGAGAAGCAUUUUGCUGACUUUGGUCUCGAGCCCGAGUUCGUUUCACACAACACCAUGAGAGGUCUAUCUGGUGGUCAGAAGGUCAAGAUUGUUCUCGGUGCUGCCACCUGGCGUCGCCCUCACGUUAUGUGUUUGGAUGAACCCACUAACUACCUGGACCGAGAGUCGCUCGCAGCUCUCAUCGAAGCGCUCAAGGUAUUCGAAGGUGGUGUCCUAGUCAUCACCCACAACCGAGACUUCUCCGAAUCCCUCUGCAAGGAAGUAUGGGCGAUGCGUGACGGUCGUCUCGAAGCUUCAGGUCACAACUGGGUUGAAGGCCAGGGUUCCGGACCUCGUAUCGAUAAGAAUGACGGUGAGGAAGACGUGCAGUACGACGCGAUGGGUAACAAGAUUGAGAACAAGAAGGCAAAGAAGAUUACUUCAUCGGAGGCACGGAAACUGAAGAAGGAGCGUAUGGCACGGAAGAAGAGGGGUGAAGAUGUCACAGAUGAUGAGCUCUGA